UACCUGUCUCUACAAUGGCACCCUUCCUCGAAUCUGUCAAGUCAUUUGCCGAUGUUCCCAUUACCGACGCUGGCGUCGACACCUUAGCUUUCUUGGAAGCAGCAACAGGCUUGGUGGGCCUGUUUGAUCUUCUUGGAUCAACAGCCUUCGCGGUGGUACAAUCUGAUAUCAAAGGCAACAUCACUAAAGUCCGUGCUCGCUAUGAUGCAGCGCCAGCCCAAUCCGUUACGCUGGAAGAGCUAGUCAAGAAUGAGCAAGGCGAGAAGAAACGGACAGCUACCGAGGGUCUCAUGUGGCUCAUCCGCGGUCUCUCGUUCACAUGCAAAGCGCUGCAAAACGCACAAGCGAAUCAGAAUCACGAGCUGGUAGCCGCCUUUACGAAGGGUUACGAAGAUUCCUUGAAGAAGUUCCACAACUUUGUGGUGAAGAGUAUAUUUUCGGUUGCCAUGAAAGCGUGUCCAUACCGUAAGGACUUCUAUGCUAAACUUGCAGCCGACCCUCAGGGCGGACCGUCUGUGCCGGAAGCCAAGCUUCACGAAGAGCUCAACGAAUGGCUCGCCGGACUGGAUACGAUCGUAAAGAGAAUUGAAGCAUUCUUCGAGAAGGGGGGCUAUGGGAAAGGUUUUUAAUCCGUAUGGAAGACUUCUCACAAUCAUGAUGGCGAGUUUCUUCAGACGACACAAUUGUACAAUCCUCCACACAACAUGCAUCAUACCACGCGUCCAACGGGACGUUAUCUUGUACCUGUAAAAUGCCUGUAGUGGAACAAAUUAUAAUAUCAAAGCUCAGGGCAUCGCUGUCUCAAUGGUCCGCGCGCUCUCCAA